AUGGAGUGGUGUAACGCUUACGGCCGAGUCUUCGGAGUCUAUAAUUGCGAGAAACCCUCAUUACUGGUGUCGGAUCCGGUGCUCAUCAAACAGAUAAUGGUGCAGAACUUUCACGCCUUCACUAAUAGAAGUAAUGCACUCGAGAACGAGAUGACCGGCAAAACGCUGAUUCACGCCAGGGAUGGCCAUUGGAAACGGCUCCGAAUGAUAGUGAGCCCCACCUUCACGUCCGGCAAAUUGAAACACAUGUGUCCACUCAUCGACGACUGUUGCGGCGACUUAUUGGCCGCACUCGACAGAGUGGUGUCCACCGGCGGUCAGCCACCAGUGGUGGAGCUCAAGCGACUGAUGAGCGCCUAUAGUAUAGAUGUGAUCAUCAGAACGGCGUUUGCCACCAAAACCAAUCUCUAUUCCGACCCAAACAACCCGUUCCUCACUAAAGCCGUACUCUAUGUAAACAAUCAAUUUUCAAUUAAAAUAUGGCAUAAAAUAUUGGCAAUGAUUUUACCCAUAUUUAUAACCGACACAUUUUGUUGGAAAUGGUUGAUAACCGGCGGCGAACCGCCGAUCACUACAUCCCUCAUCGCUAGUGCGCGGCGUUUAUUGGUUGAGCGCAAAACGUCGGCCCAAAAACACAACGAUUUCCUACAGUUGUUGAUCGACGCGACGGCAGUGGAGGACAACACCAACACUACCGCCACUACCGGUGCGGACACCGCCGGCGAUGCGCCCGAAGAGGACUUGAUUGCAGGGAAACGUGCGUUGAGUGGAGUCGUAGAGAAGAAGUUAACCGAAGAUGAAAUCCUCGCCCAAAGCGCCUUAUUUUUCACCGUUGGCUAUAAUAAUACGAGUACUACUCUGUCGUACUGUACGUAUGAAUUGGCACUCAAUCCCGAUAUUCAGGAUCGGUUGGUGGCGGAGAUCAGAGACGCGUUCAAUGAAAACACUGCGGACAUAGACUACGAAACCCUUCUCCGACUCCCACUCCUCGACGCCGUUAUAUCGGAAACCCUUCGCAGAUAUCCUCCGGUGAACCGCAUUAUAAGACAGGCGUCGGAAAACGUGGUGCUGACUAAUGAUGGCGACGGACAACGGGUUACGCUUGAGACAGGAUUUCUGGUUGAGAUACCGGUGUAUGCCUUACAUCACAACCCGGACUAUUUUCCCGACCCGUUUGCCUUCAAACCCGACCGCUUUUUGCCCGAAAAGCGUCAUCACAUCAAACCCUAUACAUACUUACCGUUCGGCUCCGGACCCCGUAAUUGCGUUGCAAUGCGCUUUGCGUUGCUUGAGCUCAAACUGACCAUGGUCAAAAUGAUGCAACGAUUCCGUUUCUAUCGGGUGCCCGACACGGAUGUGCCGCCAGUGUUGCUGAUCGGUCGGGAAGACUUACAGGCGAACAAAGUUGUUGUCGGUGUUUGUAAACGCUGCGACACCGGUUUUGGAUACCGAUUGGCUCUACGGCUAAAUGAGAUCGGGUUUCACGUAUACGCCGGAUGUCUGGACCCUCAGGGGUCAGGCGCUGAGGAAUUGCGGACAAAAUGCAAACACGAAUCAGCGAUGUGUGUACUGGAGCUGGACGUGACUCGAGACGACCACAUCGACCGGUGCUUUCAUUACAUUGCACUACAUCUGCAAACCCAUGGCUAUGAGUUGUGGUCAGUGGUUAACAAUGCAGGCGUUAUAAAGUUUGGUAACCUGGAGUGGGGCACUGUUGAUGAUUAUACCACGUUGUUCAACGUAAAUGUAAUUGGGGUGGUCCGGGUCACCAGGAAGUUCAUACCAUUUCUUAGACUAUCACGUGGCCGUAUAGUAAUAACCGCUAGUCUUGGGGGUCGGUUGGCGGCGGAUCUGAUGGGCGCUUACUGUAUGACCAAAGCGGCGAUCAUCUCAUUUUCGGACACAUUGCGGCGCGAAAUGCGCAAGUUUAACAUCUCGGUCACCACAAUUGAGCCUGGUGUAUUCAAAACAGGCAUGUUCUACAGCGCUCGACCCCUAUUGGAAAGCUCGUGGAGCCGUACGGAUGACGCUGUUAAGCGGGUCUACGGCCAGCCCUAUGUGGACGAGUUGUUACGGCACUAUACGGCCAAUAAAGGUGUGGCCGCCGACGCCGGCGAUGAUAUUGAUAUAGUGGUGAACGAUAUGGUGGCGGCAGUUGUCCGGCGCCGACCGGCCAGGUAUUACCGCCCCGUAAAGGGCCUGAUGCCCACUCUGGCGGCCCGGUUUGUAGCCCUAACCCCUCAUUGGCUGAUUGACUGGUAUUUCCAAUGGAUCGAUGAUUUGGUGCCGGCGGUUAUGACCGGGACAAGUGGGUCCGGUAUUGAUGAGGGUCAAAAAAUGCUCUAG